CGAAGAGAAAAGGCGCAAGACGCGGGUGUGACGUCAUUUCGGCGCCAUCUUCUUUCUUGGGUGGGGUUUUCAGGCUGUUGUUGUGAAAGAUGCCGAAGGUAGUGUCGCGGUCGGUAGUCUGCUCCGAUACCCGAGACCGGGAGGAAUAUGACGAUGGCGAGAAGCCUCUCCACGUGUACUACUGUUUGUGCGGCCAGAUGGUCCUGGUGCUGGACUGUCAGUUAGAGAAAUUGCCCAUGAGGCCCCGGGACCGGUCCCGUGUGAUUGAUGCUGCCAAACAUGCCCACAAGUUUUGUAACACUGAAGAUGAGGAGACCAUUUAUCUUCGGAGACCUGAAGGCAUUGAACGACAGUACAGGAAGAAGUGUGCGAAGUGUGGACUGCCACUUUUCUACCAGUCCCAGCCGAAGAAUGCUCCCGUGACCUUCAUUGUGGAUGGAGCAGUAGUCAAGUUUGGCCAGGGUUUUGGGAAAACGAAUAUAUAUACUCAGAAACAAGAGCCCCCUAAGAAGGUGAUGAUGACCAAACGGACUAAAGACAUGGGCAAGUUCAGCUCUGUCACUGUGUCUACCAUUGAUGAAGAGGAAGAGGAGAUUGAGGCUAGAGAAGUUGCCGACUCAUAUGCGCAGAAUGCCAAAGUGAUCGAAAAACAGCUGGAGCGCAAAGGCAUGAGCAAGAGGCGACUGCAAGAGCUGGCUGAACUUGAAGCCAAGAAAGCAAAAAUGAAGGGGACCUUGAUUGACAACCAGUUCAAAUGAACCAUGACCUUUCUCUGAGUACAGACUGGAGGCAAGCAUUUAGAUUAGGAAGAAAAGUAACUUCUUUGCAUGUACUAAUUCCUAUUUGUGUCCCAGCAGAAGGCUUUAUGUUGUUUCUCAUAGUUCUCCUACAUUCAGUGAGAUCUUUAACUGAGUCCAUUUGACCUGCUUCCCAGGAGAUAGAUUUUUCUAAAUCUCUUCUGUAUGUAGGUUUUCUGUACUAUUUUUUGUUCAUUUGAUGUAAACUUGAGCUGUGUAGAAACUUUGAAUAGAUCAGUGCUUGGGUGUCUCUAGUUACUAAAAUAGCUGUUUUUAUUCCUUCUUCAAAGUUAAUGUUUAAAGAUUUUUUGAAAAAAUAUUGUGGCAUGUCAUAGAGAAAAGCAGCAUGAAUUAUAGUUUCAGCAAGUCAGAUCCUUUUAAGUAACCCUGUCUUGGUUCUUAGAAUUGGCUAUGGGUUUGAAUCUUUCUAGUGUCAGAGAAGAAUCAUUAAAAGCCAAAAUCUGCAUAAAGCUUCCUUUAUUUCAAACAUUGAAGCUGUAGGUGAGCCAUUCCAUAUCAGACUUCAUACUUAAGGAAAAGCUAGAUUGCAGUGAGGGGGUAGGAUAGCUCAGAUCUGCAUGAAAAUAGGCUCUCAGUAAGUAAACCAAGGGAGAUACCAUCUAGUUAGAUGUUGAGAAAUAUGAUUGAGGAAUUAAUGUGAUGUGGCUCAUAAGAUCAUUAUUUUAUUGCAUUACCCAAUAUUGCUAUAUUAAAGACAGAAAUAGGAGUUUGCAGGUAAGGAUGUUUUCCAAGAGGCUUCCUGGUUAUCUCGUCUGUGAGGCUGUCCUGUUUCUUGAAAGGUAAGACAAGGUAAAUAUCUGGCUCAACUUAGAAGUUAGUCCUUAAAAGACUUUGUACCUGUUCACCUAGAUAGAUUAGAAAUUGUUAGAAGCCCUUAAAAAAGACUUUUGACCCUAACUCACUACCUGUUACUAUAUAAUCCUGUUCCCAUAGCAGCUGCACUGAUGUGUAAAUGUGUUACCCUGGCAACUGGUAAUUGAUAUCUGUGAUUAUAAAAACCUAUGUGAAUCUAACUUCAGUGCUGGACCAUUCAUGUAGAUAUGGUAUAGACUCCUGAGUACCCCCACUGUUAUUCUAAUCUGCUUAAAUAAAACUAUAAACUACA